AUGGACCCCGGAACCUACAUCGCAGUGGCCGAGAUCGCCUUCCGAACUGCCUCCUUUGCGAUCCGGACCUUUCGCAACGGGCUCAACUUCAGCAAGGACGCAGAACAGCUCGUCCUCCGCUUUGAGCUGGAACGUUUCCGACUGCAGCUGUGGGGGGAAAACUCUGGCCUGGUGCCCGUGCCGGGAUCCGGCGACAGACCAAAACUCCCGCCCCGUUUGGAGCCCCUCUGCGAGGUAUUGAAGAAUCAGCUCGAGGAGAUCGCCGACCUCUUCUGUCAGCAUGGAACGCUGAGUGAUAGAUAUGGACUGGCUAGGACUGAGGAGGCGCCGACAAAGUCUGAAAGGGUUGCUGAUUUGGUUCUGCGGAUGCAGAAAUCCUUCUCACCUCGCAGGACCAGCUUGGUUAAAGAUGAGGAUGAUGAUAUCGAGGUAGAAGAGAUAGAGACAAGUCUUCAAAGAUUGGAGACCGUUGCUUCAAGUAGAUCGUCUUCUGGCUCGGCCAGAAUGACAACAUCGGCAUGGAAAAAAAUCCGCUGGUCAAUCCUAGAUCUCAAAAGGUUCGAGGCAUUAGUCUCAAACCUCUCCUCGAAAGUCUCAGCCUUGAACCAAUUACUCACAGAGGCUUCUCAGCAGCGCAAAGCCCAAGAAAACGACUCGCGCAUCAACAUCGUCCUCGUCGGGAGUGCAGUGGACCAAGAAUCGCUCAACCUGCUGCGAGCUGCCGUCAGCGGCUACCCGGACACUUCACCUGCCCGGCUGGGUGUUGAGCGCAAGGCUAUCUCGGCCGAUGUCCCCUGGCUCCCGCCCAUGCCUGCACUCCCGGCCGCGCCCUCCCAACGAAGAACCCUUAGGCUUACCGACUUUGACCUUCCAAGGGCGGGUGAGACCACUACAGCACCGUCGCGGUUCCUGGCUGCCAAGAAAGCACCCCACGGCGAUGACAACAGCCUCUUCCUCUUCGAGAAGAAAGUCUACGAUCGAGGCAUCAAGCCGGACGACAAGCGGAAGCUCACGGAGCGCAUCCAGCGUCUAGUCUUACUGCUGAGCAAACCCAAGGGCCCGUCGUUCUUGACCCUGGUGGCCGAGGGCUGCAUCCAAGACCCAGAGCACUACUGCUGGUGGCUCGUCUUCCGCUAUCCCUUGCCUUUGCUGCCCUCGCCCGCAAACCAGCCCAGCCACCGCACACAAACCCCGGUAUCCCUAUUAACCCUCCUUGACCCCCGCGCCAAGUUCCGCCCGCCGCUCGAACAGCGAUACAUGCUAGCCUCGCGGAUAACCAGCACGUUCUCCGAGCUCUUCUCCUCCAGCUGGCUGCACAAGGGCAUACGCAGCGACAACAUGGCAUUCCCCGCACUGGCAUCACCAUCCUCGUCAUCAUCAUCAUCAUCAUCCCCUUUUGUCCUCGACGCCGAUCAACUCUCCAGAAUCGGCGGCACAAACACAGUUCUGUCCUCGCUUGUGGUGUGCGGCUUCGACUACUCCCGGCAGGAGAGCGAGGCCGCGACCAUCGACCAGGCCAGGUCGUCGGGGGACGUGGCGACGGCCAUGUACCGGCACCCGCGCUACCAGGGCGUCGCCGCGCAGGGCUACCGACUCGAGUACGACCUGUACUCGUUGGGCUUGGUGCUUCUUGAGAUUGCGCUGUGGAGGCCGCUUUCGAGCUUCUUGGAGGGGAAGCCGGCCGGCGCGGCGGUGCAGAAGGCUGGGAAGAGCAUCUUUGCCGCGGCCGCUGCGGUGGGUGAUCGGAGGGAAGAGGUGAGGUUGUCGAGGGAUAUGACGCUGUUUCAUACGCCGCAUGCUCUGCUGCUCAAGAAGUUGGUCCUGCGACAUGUCGACUCGGAGCUGGCUUUUCGUGUCGGGUCGCCGUAUCAUCGUGCUGUCGUGUAUUGUCUCAGGGCGGCGGAUGUGUAUGAUGAUGAGAAUGGCAAUGUGAAAGACCUGAGUGAUGAGGGGGAUCUGGCGUCGCAUCCUGCUUUAGAGUUUUAUAAUCAGGUGGUUGUUCCUUUGGCGCGCCUUUCUGCUGCCGCGGCGGAAAGUGGAUAA